UUCUCUUAAAUGCUUUCUCCGAUGCAGAGUCGUAGGUUACCUGUCUAUCUUAGUCGGCGGUGCAAAUGCACUUGUUUUGAGUUUUUCUAGCCGACUUUUUUACUUUUAACAUAUUAGAAUGUGGGCUAAAGUGUGUCUCGUUGGACCUCAAGGCUCAGGAAAAACGACAAUUGCUUCAAGACUGGAUAGUACGAGAUUUUCUUCUGGCAGAUGUCGAAAUGGAAAUUUGUUUACAAACUGCAAUGUCAUAGUUGGUGAAAAAGCUGUGGAUUUGGAAUUAGUGGAUAUAUCAGGCGAAGACAGACUUCUUUGCAUGGGACCUAUAUUUUACAAAGAAGCUAAAGCAGCCCUCUGUAUAUUUGAUUUGUCAUCUGAGUCUUCUUUUUGUGAACUUAGUCCAUGGAUUAAUAGUGUCAAAAACUAUGCCAGUGAAGACUGUUUACUAAUGAUCAUAGGAAAUAAAAGUGAUUUGCAGCGGCAUGAACACUCCAAAAACGAAGGGAAAAAAGUAGCAGAGUUGAUUGGAGCUCAAUAUUUUGAAGUAUCUGCUGCCUCGGGGAAAGGAUUGAUGAAUAUGGUGAUCUACAUUGCGAAGCAUCUUCUGCGACGGAAUGACUGCGCUACUAGUUAUGCAGCUAAAAGAUCAAUAGCUUCAAAUCAUAUUGAACACAUUGCCUCCAAAGAUGCUAAGAAAAGAGACAGACGUUUAUCUUUUCCACUCAGAAGUGCUUCUCUUUUUAACCUUUUGAGUAUCAAGAACUGAGAUGUAUUACUUACCAUUAAUGAUUCAAUAAAUAUGUAUUGUUAUAUUUGCAUCAAAUAAAUGUUAUCUUUCACUUGUA